GCAUUCUUUGGCAAAAGUUGCUGCCAUGGCACCCGACUGGCCGCCCUCGCCCCGGGACUUUGAUGGUUCUGCGUACGUCUUCGCGCCCGACGACGAAGCGGGCUAUGCGCAGCACUUCCGCGAGCAUGGCUUUGUGGUGGUCGAUGACAUUCUUGAGCCGGAACAGGUGAAGGCGACCAUUGAAGAGAUCUGGAGUAACCGCAGCCUGUUGGGGGGCCAUGAUGGUCUCGAUCCGCAGGAGCCUCGCAGCUGGGACGCAUGGCCCGGUGGAGCGCGGAAUUUCCUGGACUCCCUCAGCCCCUUGGAGGAGGUAGAGACCUGGCGGAAUCGCGUGAAUUGCAAGGUGAACCGAGUCUUUGACGUGCUGUGGGAGGGACUGCCAGAAAUCCUCAGCGACGAGGAUUCGCCUGACCACGGCACGGGUGCCACCAGUUCAUCCCUAGUGAUGUCGGUGGACCGCGUGGGACGCUCGACGGUGGGUUGGACUCAUGCGGCCCACCAAGAUGAAGCAUGGAGGAAGCUCAUUGAGAGGUCCUCGCCCGACUUUCAGGCCAUGCAAGGCUUGUUGAGCCUGGAAGGCAGCCGCAGUUCGGGUGGCUUUGUGACAGUGGUGGGUUUUCAGGAGCACUUCGCACGCUGGGCCCAGGAGCAUCCUGAAGGCAGUAUUCCCAAGCGCACCAGGGACAUGAUCCCCUUCCCAGUGCCCUUGGACGAUGAGAUGCAGGGCCGAAGAUCCAAGAUCUUGGUCCCCAGUGGCGCUUUGUUGGUCUGGGACUCGCGGCUCCCACACGAGAACUUUCCCAACGAAGGGGAGGACUGGCGCAUCGUUCAGUAUGUCACCUGCAAGCGUUUGAGCUCAGCAGAUCUGGAGGCCCGAGCAAAGGCUUGGCAGGUCGGCCUCAAAACAGGAUUGAUCCCCUUAGCCUUCGCAGAACGCUUCAGCACUUUGGAGCAGAUCAGGCUGGGCAUGUCCGCGCCCCACAGCGACGGCUUGACGCUGGCUUUCAGCGCCGCCGCGGCGCUGGUGCCGGAGCAGCUGGAGGCUGCGGAGAAGUUGCGGCGCGCCUAUCGCCUGAAGCAGACGGCUGAAUUGCCGGAGCAGCUCAAGGAAGCCAUGGCCUUGUUUCGGGAGGCCUUUAAAGUGACCCCGGCGCUGCAGGAGGUCCUACAAUGGGUGGCCAAGGCUGAAAGCCCCCCGGUGAGAUGGGAUGAAUUGCCAUCCUCAAUGAGUUGCCGUUUUGAUGGGUAA